UCAUUGCUAUUUCCAAAUAAAUUUUGUUAGCUCAAUGUCAAAAUGGCGUCCGCAGCAGCCAAAAUAGGGUCUCACCUGAAAGAGUUGAGGUUUCAUUUGUGUCUAAAAUCUGCUUCUAGUAAAGGAGUAAGAGAGUAUAUUGAAAGCAGCUAUGUUAAUUUGAAGGUGCAGAAUCCAAAGUUUCCUUUCUUAGUUCGGGAGGCUGAUAACAUUCAACCCAAGAUCUAUGCACGUUAUGCGUUAGGAAAAGAGUCAAGCCUUCCACUGACAAAUAUGACGAAAGAUCAGGUUGCCAGAGCUGUAGAAAGUUUGAUUAGCCGAACUCAUUAAUUAGAUAUUUUGUACAUAUUCAAUCCAUGUUUAGUAAUUUAGAGAAAAGAAUUAAAAUUUAAAGUUAUUACA